GAAGAAGAAGAAGAAGAAGAAGAAGGAGCAGUGAGACCUGGAGGAGGAGGAACAGGGCGUUCAGACUUCGAAGUCACCAUGGAAGUUCCUGGUAUGCAGAGUUCGCGGAUCGAUCCCGAGGAAUUGUUCACGAAACUCGAUCGUAUCGGGAAAGGAUCGUUUGGAGAGGUCUUCAAAGGCAUUGACAAUCGCACGCAGAGCGUUGUCGCGAUUAAGACGAUCGACCUGGAGGAGGCGGAGGACGAGAUCGAGGACAUCCAGCAGGAGAUCACGGUCCUGAGUCAGUGCGACAGUCCUUUCAUCACCAAGUACUACGGCUCGUACCUGAAGGGAACAAAGCUAUGGAUCAUCAUGGAGUAUCUGGGCGGUGGUUCAGCGCUCGACUUGCUGCGGGCAGGACCGUUUGAGGAGUCUCAGAUCGCCACCAUGUUGAAGGAGAUCCUGAAGGGUCUCGACUACCUUCACUCUGAGAAGAAGAUCCACAGAGACAUCAAAGCCGCUAACGUCCUGCUGUCGGAGCACGGUCAGGUGAAGCUCGCGGACUUCGGCGUCGCUGGUCAGCUCACAGACACGCAGAUCAAGAGGGAAACCUUCGUGGGAACGCCGUUCUGGAUGGCGCCCGAGGUCAUCCAACAGUCCGCCUACGACUCCAAGGCCGAUAUCUGGUCUCUGGGCAUCACGGCUAUCGAGCUCGCGAAGGGCGAACCUCCGAACUCGGACAUGCACCCGAUGCGAGUUCUCUUCCACAUUCCCAAAUCCCCGCCGCCGACGCUGACCGGAGAUUUUUCCAAGAGCUUCAAGGAAUUCACAGAGGCGUGUCUCAACAAAGACCCCACCUUCCGUCCCACAGCCAAGGAGCUGCUGAAAUACAAGUUCAUCGUCAAACACUGUAAGAAGACGUCCUACCUCAGCGAGUUGAUUGACAGGUACAGGAGGUGGAAGGAGGAGGGGCAUAGUGACAGCAGCUCCGACGACUCUGACAAUGAGUCCAGUAACAAAGAGAACAGUGAUUCUCCAAAGUGGACGUUCACCACCGUUCGUAAGAAGAAGUCGGACAGCAGGAAAGUUCUCAACGGAGCGGUUCAGGAUAAGCUGAGUAAAUCGACCAGUCUGACCACAGUCAUCUCUCCGGUCUUCAGCGAGUUGAAGCAGCAGCAUAAGGAACACUCGCAGCAGCGUUUGGCCAUCGAGGAGCUGGAGCGAAACAUCCGAUUGGCUGAGGACGUUUGUCCAGGAAUCACAGACAGGAUGGUCACACACAUCAUUGCCAGGUUUACGGCCAACUGAAGGACGGACAGAUGGACAUGGGACGUACGUAAAAUGAAGAGACUUGUCUCUGUACAGUGACACUGCUGAAGGAGGAGAUUUGCUGUGCGAUGUCUCCUGGCUGUACACACACACACACACACACACACACUCUAAUAAUGUAAUAUAUACACUAUAUAUUAUGUAUGUACAGUAUAUUCACUGCUGCUGGUUGAAGACUUUUAUUUCUGUCCGGAUACGAUUCAAAGGACGUUUGUUUUUUUCCCCAUUUUUAGGGUCACGGACGUCUUUUGUUUUCUUCUUCUUUUGUUUUUGUAAUCACUUCUCGAUCGUUUGAACAUAUAAUCGGGCACACGUCGUUUUGUCAGAUUCCAUUUUAAUCUUUUGCGAAUUUCGAGAACCGUCAAGUGCCUGAAAUUGUUGACGCAAUAAGUCGACGUCGUCACUUUGCUAGGAUUUGUUUUUGUUUUUUUUGUCCAUCAGCAGUUGUGUGUCACGGCUUGCCUUGACAAAUGUAUAUUUCUAUGUUGUUCAGUAGCACUUGAGAGAAAGAGAGAGAGAAAGAGAUUAUAUGCCAAUAAUUGUUGACGUCAGUCAUACUUUUCCUUUACAGUUUCCUCACCCUUGAAUUCAGUUCAAUUCUUUAUCCCACAACAUGUAAACUGCAAUAUUUUCAGGUAUCGCCAUAUUCAAAUAUCUUCUUUUUUUUUCUUACUUUUUCACUGGGGACAGGAAACAUUAGAUUCCUCCACGUUUAAACGUCGUCAAAGUUAUUUUAUAUUUGAGCUUGUACAUUUUAUAUUUGAGCUUGUACAUUUUAUAUUUGAGCUUCUACAUGUCAAAAAUAAACAGAUUUUAACAAUAUUUUACACUUAAAUCUGUUACGAUACGAACGAUACACCCAGCGAGGCAGCAAGUAGCUUGCUAAUCUGCAAGCUAGCUACUUGCUACUUAAGCUGCUUCCCCAAAAAAAAGUAUCUCAAUUUGAAUGUUGCAGUUGUCUUAAAAGACGUAAACACAACUUUUAAUGGUAAUAAUUACUAGUGUUUGAUUAAAACUGGUGUAGAUACUGAAAAAUAUAGCAGAACUGUUAGCAUACAAAUUAGCAGCAGGAGAAAUACUCUGGAUGUUCUGAAGUCUAAAACUAAUUUCUUCGCGUCAAGAUUGAGGGAUUUGUGUUUUUCAAAACAAAAAAAAGGUUCAAUUUAAAUUACAAUUACAAAAAUGUCUUCCUUUUAUAUUAAUUUAUAUUAAAAGUUGUCUGAAUUUUAAAGAUAAUUGUUGAGGGGAGCUGUAAUCAAAAGUACGACUGACACUUUGUACCAAAGACACUAUAAUUUAUAUAUAUAUAUAAAUAUCAUAAGGGAUACAAUAAUGCUUGUUGAGGGGGGAAAUGUUUGAAAGAUUUUACAGCAAUGUUGUUUUUUUUUUUUUCUUUUUGUAGCGGGACUUUGAGUUUUAAUAAUAAAUAUUUAAGUUUGAUUGAGAAACUUCAAGUUUCAUUUAGUUUUUUUUUUCGUCAUGA